UACAUGAGAGAGGAUGGUGUUGCUGUUGCAAGGAUGGUAGAUGCAGAAUUUGAAUACACUUUUGAAUACCAAGGAAAUGCUCCCAAACUGGUUCACACACCCUUGACUGACAAGUGUUACCUCACAUUAACUCAGGGAAUGUACAUGGGUAUGGGUGGAAACCCUUAUGGGCCUGCUGGUACAGGAAAGACCGAGUCUGUAAAAGCUUUAGGUGGGCUUGUGGGAAGACAGGUUUUAGUUUUUAACUGUGAUGAGGGUAUUGAUGUGAAAUCCAUGAAUCGAAUUUUUGUGGGGCUGGUGAAAUGUGGAGCUUGGGGAUGUUUUGAUGAAUUUAAUCGACUCGAAGAAGCCGUGCUUUCAGCUCUUUCAGUACAAAUACAAACCAUCCAAUCUGCUUUGAAGAAGAAGGUUCCAGAGAUUGAACUGUUAGGAAGAAAAGUGGAUAUAGAUCCAAAUUCAGGAAUCUUCAUCACGUUGAAUCCUGCUGGCAAGGGAUAUGGAGGACGACAAAAGCUGCCAGAUAAUCUCAAGCAACUGUUUCGUCCCGUAGCGAUGUCUCGGCCAGACAACGAACUGAUUGCUGAAGUUUUACUUUUUGCUGAAGGCUUCAAGUCUUCUAAAAGUCUUGGGCCAAAACUUGUGGCCAUCUUCACUUUGGCAAAGGAGCUUCUUACCCCACAACAACACUACGACUGGGGGCUUCGAGCACUAAAGACGGUGCUUCAAGGAUGUGGAAGACUUCUUCAGGAGACAAAAACAAAUUUAUCUGAUGAUGAGAAAGUCAGUGUAGAUGACUCAUUUGAGAGUCAGUUGGUAGUACAAGCCCUUCGAGUCAACACACUGUCUAAACUAACGUUUGCAGAUUCUCAAAGAUUUGAUGCACUGGUUCAAGAUGUAUUUCCUGGGAUAGCCUUUAAGGGUGUUGGAUAUGAAAGCCUAGCAGAGACUGUGCGACAGAUUUUUACUGAACAAAAACUUACUGUAAACGAGACACAGGUAAAAAAGAUUCUUGAACUUUAUGAGCAGCUUCAACAGAGAAUGGGAGUUGUUAUUGUUGGGCCGAGUGGCUCUGGUAAGUCAACUUUAUGGAGAGUACUACAGCAGGCCUUGAUAAACAUGAACCACUCUAUCAAGCACCACCUAAUGAACCCAAAAGCUAUGCCACGAGUUCAGCUGCUCGGACACAUUGAUAUAGACACCAGGGAAUGGCAUGAUGGGGUGCUGACUACCAGUGCCAGACAGGUUGUGAAAGAACCUCAAGAUGUCCACUCGUGGAUAAUUUGUGAUGGAGAUAUUGAUCCUGAAUGGAUUGAAUCACUGAACUCGGUGCUUGAUGAUAAUCGCUUGCUAACCAUGCCUUCGGGAGAACGAAUUCAGUUUGGACCUAAUGUUAACUUCCUGUUUGAAACGCAUGACCUGAGCUGUGCUUCCCCAGCCACAAUUUCUCGUAUGGGGAUGAUCUUUUUGAGGUAAAAUUAAAGCCACAGUAGUCAUUAAAUCUCUGAAAA